ACUUUUGUAAAUAAUUACCAAAAUUGCCACUCCUUCCAUGUUUUGUUCUCCUCUCUUCUUGAAUGUUGCGCUUUUUGUUUAAGCUUUCUGGUUCAUUUUCCAUGGAAGGACCUUGAGCUCUCUGCUUCUCUUCUCUCCUCUCUUUCGCUAAAUUUCGUGCAAAUUUCUCUUUCACUACUUCCUUUCUUUCCUUUCUCUCCCUCUCUCUCUCGUUGGUUAAUUUGAUCUUCUACUGUGUUCGUCUUCUCUCUCCAGAGUCCUCUUGAAACUAAGAUCUGAUGUCUUAUCGAUUGCUAAGUGUGGAUAAGGAAGAUUUGGCCACACCACCUGGUCUGAAGGAACGAAACUACUUGGGUCUGUCUGAUUGCUCCUCUGUUGACAGCUCAACCAUUCCCAAUGUUGUUGUUCCAGAGAUUGAGAAGAGCAAUCUCAACUUCAAAGCUACAGAGCUAAGGCUAGGCCUUCCUGAGUCUCAAUCUCCCGAGAGAGAAACCGAUUUUGGUCUGCUAAGCCCGAGAACGCCUGAUGAGAAGCUUCUCUUCCCGCUUCUCCCUUGUAAAGACCAUGCCUCUGGAGCUACUACAGUGCACAAGAAUGUUGUCUCUGGCAACAAAAGAGGAUUCUCUGAUACUUGGGACGAGUUCUCUGCUGUGAAAGGAUCCGUUAGACCUGGAGGUAUCAACAUGAUGCUGUCUCCUAAAGUUACAUCCAACACCAAGAAUGAUGUCAAGAAAUGCAUUCAAGAAGAAAGAUCCAAUGCUAAGAGUGGCUUGAAACAUGCACCUGCUGCCAAGGCACAGGUUGUUGGUUGGCCUCCGAUCAGAUCUUACAGGAAGAAUACAAUGGCGUCUUCUACUUCGAAGAACACUGAUGAGGUUGAUGGGAAACCUGGUCUUGGUCCUUUGUUUGUGAAGGUGAGCAUGGAUGGUGCUCCGUAUCUGAGGAAAGUCGACUUGAGGACUUACACUUCCUAUCCACAGUUGUCUUCUGCGCUUGAGAAAAUGUUCAGCUGCUUCACUCUUGGUCAAUGUGGACUUCAUGGAGCUCAAGGGAGGGAAAGACUGAGCGAGAUCAAACUGAAGGAUCUUCUUCAUGGAUCGGAGUUUGUGCUUACUUAUGAAGACAAAGACGGUGACUGGAUGCUCGUUGGAGAUGUCCCAUGGGAGAUAUUUACUGAAACAUGUCGGAAACUGAAGAUCAUGACUGGCUCUGAUUCUAUUGGCUUAGCUCCAAGGGCAAUGGAGAAAUCGAAGAACAAAGAGCGAAUCCCUCUCAGGGCUUGAAACAAAGAGGCUCAAGACAAAAACUUUAUGCACAGUUCCAAUGUUUCAAGUCUUCUUUUACUGAUAUGUUUGAAAACUCUUUUGUUGAGUCUUUUACUAAUCUGUGUUUGUAAGACUUUGGAAUCUCUUAUUUGUAUGUGGCUUGUUCAGAACAAAUACACUUGCUCUCGUGUGUGUUCUACUUUGAUCUUCAACACUUGUUAUUUCAUAUGUUUUAGAUUUUUCUGCCUUU